AUGGAUACUACAUUUGCUCAGCGAUUUAAUCUCGGCAUAAAGACUCGGGGUAGGUCUGAUCCAUUUUCUGAAUUUGUCCCAGUAAAUAAAGCAGUAAAGCCGAAUCAGGUAUAUAAGGACAACUAUUCUAUGAUAGAUCAUGAUAUAUCUGCUUUUAUCAAUGAUUCUCAUAGUGCUGUAUUUGUAGGCGCAAAAUCCAACGCAAAGCCAAAGUUAGAUCCCAUGAUUUCUCUAAUUCUUUCCUAAUUUUCCUACAUUUUAUAACUGCUCUUUGCUAAUUUAUGCUAUAGCCUGAGGCUGCUUAUAGCUCGCCCUGGGCUACCAACUCUAUGAGUUAUACCAAAAGGUGGUAGCCUAGAGCGAGCUAAAAGCCGUCCUUACUAAAAACAUAAUAAAUAGAGGACUAUUUUUAAUAUUUAUCUUAUUAAUAAAAUAAAGUAAGCGAAAAAUCUGUUGGGAAAGAAAGAAUAUUUAGAACUCUCAUAUCUAAUCAAUCAGCAAGUCCAAAUAGAUUGAAUAUACACAACAAAUUUAACGAAGUCAAAUCUUUGACACCUACAAUGAGGUCUAAUUCUCACAAUAAAAGAAAGCUGUACACACCAAUUACUUUUGAUAGAUCUUUUUCCAAUCCCAGAGAAAAUAACACUCAAAAUGUUGCAACAGAAGCAGGUAAAAAGAGGUCCAAAAAAUACAGACCCUACACCUUAGAUGACUACAAAAGAGUAAGGCCUUCAAAAUAUUAUGUUUUAGGUGGACUAGGCGCUUUUAAUAUUGGGACUGAAAUUUGAAAAAAAGGAGUUGAAAGACAAGAAAGAAUGAUUUUAAGAUUUAUAUCGUUUAACGUCGAAUAAUACACUGCCCACACGGUUUCUGUCACUGCUUCAGUCGCCUAUCUGAUGCUAUGCGCCAAUCUUUGAUCUGAAUAGUCCCUCGGCUUCUGUGUUCCGAUUUCGACGGUUGUUGAGCUUAAGUGAGUUGCCUGCGCAGAAACACAAAAAAGGAUUUUCUCGCAGGUUGUCGGCAAAAGGGGUGAGCUGCUGCACAAGUCACAGCUUCCGGUAUGGUGCUAGGAAUUAAUCGAAUGGCUAGAAGGCUUUGCUGGCCCUAUCUCUUUGCAACAUCAAGCUUGCUCUUCACGAUGCAACUUCAACUCUGAAAAUUGGCUAUGGCUAGACCCUGAACGCUGUUGGAGUUGCUUACCUAGCAUAUUAUUCCUCUCGGCUGGAAAAGCCUUGCCGGAGAUAAUUAAAUAUGUGCUCGAGGGCACAUUGCCAGGGUCGGAAACACCCUUUUAUUUCUGAGUUGAAAAAACAAGAAAGAAUGAAAAAGUACUGGAAGCAAUUACAAACUAUGAUGGAUGAUGACACUCAUCAAUAA